GAGCGUUCAAACCACCAUCUGUGCCUCCCAGUCCUCGGACUGAGCCCAGCCGUGGGUAUAAAAACCCUGAGCUGAAGCUGCGAUCUCAGUCUCGUCUGAGUACUCGCCAACCUCAAGGGAGAGAGCUUCGAAAGAACCCAUCAUGGGGGACUCAAAGCUCUGCCUUUUGCUGCUCCUCAGCACAUCUGCCUUGGCUUUUGCCCAAGAUGAUCAGCCAACCUGCCUAUUGGCCAAAAGGUACAAGACCCUUCACAAGUAUGAAUACCAGUAUGAGGCUGAAUCUUUGAAUGCCAUUAAUGGAGCCUCACCCCUCAAGAACGGACCCAAGGCCUCUUGCACGGUUGAAAUUGAAGUGCCUCAGACUUGUAGUUUUAUCGUCCGCACCACUGGCUGUAGCCUGAAGGAGGUGGUCGACAUGGACGCAGAGGGCAACCCUGUGUUUGGUCCUGCACCGAGCUCUGAUGCCUUUGCUGCUGAAAUGGAGAGGUAUCCUCUGAAAGUUGUGGUUGAGGGUGUGUAUGAUGUGAAACUGUACCCUGAGGAGGGUGAGACAACAACCAUCCUGAACUUCAAGAGGGGCAUCAUCUCUGCCUUGGCUGUGCCUCUGGUGGAAGAAGACAAGAACAAGAAUAUGCCCACUAUCCACGGCAAGUGCAAGACCUAUUACACCGUCAAUGCCAGAGAGGACAUUGCAACUGAUAUCAGCCUGAACAGGGAUCUGUCCAGAUGUGACAGAUUUGUCCCAAUGAGAGAUUACACCAGCCCCCUGGCACUGAUCUCUGGCAUGCACUACCCUCUCGCUCAGCUGGUCAGAAGCUCCCAGACCUGCAACUACAGGUUCGACAAUGAGAAGAAACACAUGACCUCAGGGUCCUGCACUGAGAACCACAUCCUCAUUCCAUUCUCACACAAGGGACAGUAUGGAGUCACCAAUGUUGGAAAGCAAGAACUGACUCUGGUUCAGGUUUCUCCUCACAACGACAGAGUCUUUGAACACACUGACAUUGUCAAGGGUCUUCACAUGGAGGCUGUGGAGGACAAGAGUGCUGUCCAGGAUAAAGAUGCAGGCCUGAACCUCCUGAGAGAACUGGCCAAUCUGCCCGAGACAGAGGGUGAGAGGAGGGCCCACCUCUUCCACAAGCUUGUCACCAUGGUCCGUGGAAUGAAGGCCGAGACCCUGAGUCCCAUCAUUCCUGAGGCUAUUGCUGUGUCCCGUGUCCUGACCUACCAGGUUCUGGCCCAGUGUGGAACCCCUGAGUGCAGCAGUGCCAUCAUGCAGAUCCUCAGGACCUUAGACAGCUCUUCACUUGAGGUUGAUGCUGCUGUUUUUGCUUUGGGAUUCAUGUCCAAUCCCUCUGCCCUCCUGAUCAAUGAUAUGCUCGCAAUGGCCAAAUACAAGUCCAGCAAGCCCAUCAUGUAUGCCCUGAGCAAUGUUGUCAAGAGGUUUUACAAAGCUGAAGGAAAACUGAUCCCUGAGAUUCACUCUGUGGCUGAGUUCAUGGCUGCUCAGCUGGGAGACUGUUCUGGUGACAAGGACAACACUUUCAUGACUCUGAGGGUUGUUGGAAACAUGGCUCCAGCUGUGAUACCUGCUAGCCCUGCACUGAGAGCCGCUGUGAUCCAGUGUGUGAACCAGCCUGCAGCUUCCCUGGCUGUGCAGCAGGCUGCCGUCCAAGUGUACAGGCUGACUCCUGUCCCUGAGGAGGGCAGAGAGGUUCUCAUGCAGGUGCUUUUGGACAGCACCAGCCCCAUGCAGAAGCGUAUUGCUGCAUAUCUGGUGCUUAUGAAGGAUCCCCUGCCAAGUGAACUGGCCCAGCUGACUGAUGCCUUGUCCAAUGAGCAGGACGAACAAGUCAAGAGCUUUGUCAUCUCCCACAUUACCAACAUUUUAUCUUCCACUGAGCCUGAGACUGAAGAACUGAGACAGAAGAUUCGUGAUGCCCUGCAGGGUAAUGAGAUUGGGCCAAUUAUGGACCCAACCAAGUUCUCUCGCAACUACAAGAUUGGAUCUGUGGAGGGCAACAUGAUCUUUGAGGGUACCAGCUAUCUGCCCAAGGAGGUCAUGCUUGAAAUGACUCUGAAGGCAUUUGGUUAUGAAAUUGACAUGAUGGAGAUUGGAAUGGAGGGCAAAGGAUUUGAGCCUACUGUUGAUGCCCUGUUUGGAGAGAAUGGAUUCUUCCCUGACACUGCCCUGAAGAUGAUGUACUUUGUCUCUGACAACAUGCCAUUUAGAGUCAAUGAGAUCCUGCAGAACAUGCUACCUACUCUUAAGAGGGACAGGAUGAGGAGACAGGCCUCCCAGAACCUGAUGAGAGAGAUUGGACGCAACCUCAACAAACUGGUGAGGGAACUGAAGAACGCACAGUCUCCUGAGGCAAUGGUUUAUCUGAGACUUCUGGGAAAUGAGCUGGGAUAUUUGAGGACAAAUGACAUGGAGGAGAUGGCCUAUUCUGCUGCCAUGAUGAUUGACAGCAUGUUCAAGAUGUUCCCCAGUGAUCUAAUGAAGGCUUUGAUGACUAAGGCUGACAACACAAUCUUUGCCCACUACAUCUUCAUGGACAAUGAAUUCUUCCUGCCUACUGUGACUGGUGUUCCACUGAGGAUUGCACUGUCUGGCACUUUCACCCCUGGAAUCAAGGGUGGACUUAAGGUUGCUCGCGACAUGAGCGAAGUUACCUUCAUGCCCUCCGCUGGCAUUGAGUUUGUAACUCAGGUUGGCUCCCACAUCCCUGAAUAUGUCAAUUCAGGAUUAGAGAUGCACACCAACAUCUUCCACGAGAGCGGGCUCAGUGCCAAGAUCUCCAUGGGACGUGACCUAGUCAAGUUGACUAUUCCUGCACCAAUGACUCCUACAAAGCUCAUCAAAAUGACAAACACCCUGGUAGCAGUGACUGGAUCAGAGGUGAAGACCAUCCCCCCUAUGGUAAUGGACAAGGUUGAUGUUAGUGAGUGCACUCCCGUCUUCGCUGGAAUGAAAUAUUGCACAGCUCUGCAGUACGUCGAUGCUUUCUCUCAAGACACAGCCCCCUACUUCCCCUUCACUGGAGACAGCAAAUUUGCUGUGGAGCUCCACCCCACCGGUGAAGUCACUGAGUAUACAGCCACUGUUGCCUACGAGCUCCUCAGGGAGGGAGACGAGGGCCGGCAGAAGGUUGACUCUGUGAAGCUCAUUCUGAGGGCUGAAGGUGCAGAGCCCACUGAAGCCAGAGCAAUCAUGAAAUAUAACAGGAGGAAGAAUGUCAUCACAGCUGACAUCCAGAUCCCUGACUACGAUGUGGAAGCUGGACUCAGGCUGGGUGUUGUUGAUGGAAACACCAAGGGCAAAGGAACUCACUCAAUCUCUCUGGACUUUAUAAACAAGAAUGUCCCUCAGCUCUCGCUGGUUGGCCGUGCCAAUCUGAAGGCUAUGAAGGAAGGUAUGCUGCAAGUCCAGCUUCUCGUCCCUUCAGUCAGUACUGAUGCCACUGUCACAGCCAAUAUGAAGCGUGAUGAAGAACUGGAAUUGGAGAUCAAGAGUGAAAUCAAGUUCAUGGAUGCCAGCUCUGAGCAGAAAAUUGCAAUGAAAUAUGAUGCCAGCAAGAUUCAGGUUGAGUUCAAGUCUGAUGUGAACACUGAGACUACUAUCUUGCCAAAUGCUGAUGUGUUUGAGAAAUAUGGCAACCAACUUCUCGACGCCCAGGUCGGGCAGACUGACAUGAAAGUCCGUCACAUUUUCAUGAAGUUUGUGGAGGCAGCAAACAACUACAUGGAAAAAUAUGGUGCUGAUAUACCUUACAUUCAGAACUUCAGAAUACCUGAUAUUUCUGAGAUUUCCUUGCCAGAGACACUGUUCCUGAAUACUGAGGCAAAGGCCAUUUACCACUUCAACAAUGAGCGCUUCACCAUCGCCAUCCCUCUCCCUCUCGGAGGAAAGUCAACAGAGGAGCUUAACUUCCCUCCAGCCUUGACCACACCUAGCGUGUCUCUACCCCAGUUUGGACUGGAGAUCGUCUCCAUGGAGAUUCCCAUCCCAGAACUUGUUGUCCCCGAGAGCCUCACUCUGUCUAUUCCUCUUUUUGGCAAAGCUGAGGUUUCAACUCUGAUCAGGAGCAACCUGUAUGAAUUGGAGGCCUCAAUGGCUGCUGGCAAAGAUGUUGUGGAAACACCAAGCUACUCAGCUAUGUUUGAUGUGAAAGGAACCUCACCACUUGACAUCCUCUCAGUAAAGAUUGAAGGCUCUGGAAGUCUGGCCACCACUGAUUCCAUUAAUGGCCAUUUGAAAGGCUCUUUGGCCCAUAAAUUCAUUGAAGCCAGUUUUAGUAUCAUCGAGGAUGCAACCAUCACCGACAAGCUGAAUUUGAAAUCAAGCAGCAAGAUUGAAGCUACAAGUCCAUUUGGUCUUAAUUUUGCACUAGAGCACACAGGUAUGGCUGGAAUCAACACUGAAGAAAUCUCUGCUGACAGCAACCUUGAGGGAAUGCUCAAGGCUGGACCCAUGUAUGGCAAGACAGUUUCAACUCAGUCAUUUACCAUCUUCCCAUUCAGGCCAGAGGCAAAGAUCGAUUCUACUGUUCAGUUUGACUCCACAAUUGUUAAGGUCCAGAACACAGUUGCAGCAUCCCUUGUCAAUGGUGAAUUCUCAGUUGUGUCUAACACCAAUGCCUUUGACAACAUCUUGACUCAUGUUGUUGAGCUUUCCUUCAAAGACAGCAAGCUGUCACUGAAAUGUGAUGCAAAUGCCCUUGCUCUUGGCAUGAAGAUCCGCAACCAGGCAGAAGCCUCUGCUGGUGCUGGUGAAGUUGUCCUGAGGAUGGAGACAAAUGCAGACCACUCUGAAAACCGUGUUUACUCUCUGCUGACUGCCUCUCUUGAUGUGAAUGGCCUGGCUGUAAACAGCGAUGCCUCAGUGAAACUUCUUGAGAAUGAGGCUACUCACAAGGCUACUCUGAGGAUGAACAAGGACGGUUUGACAACAAGUGGAACAACCACCCUGCAGAGUCCUCUGUCCCUAGAAAACACCUUCACUGCUGAGCUUGAUGCUUCAAGAGCUACUUUGACCAUUACCAACAAGGCUGCAAUGCGUGACAUCGAGGUUGACAAUGCCAACACUCUGAUCAUUACUCUUUCUGGCCUUGACUUCAAUUCCAAGGCUGAAGCCACUGCAAGUGAAUAUGCCUCUUACAUUCAUGAUAUUGCCAUCAACCUGAAACCCUACACUGCUUCUGCAAAUGUUAAUAACAACCUGAAACUUUUGGAUGCCAACUUCAUUAAUGAGGCUCAGCUGAAGGCAGAGCUUUACAAGAUGGACCUGACAGGACACCUGAAAGCUAUCUAUGGUGAAGAAGAGAUCAAGCACAUCUAUGAGGUAAAUUAUGCUGAUAUGACAGCUAAUGCAAAGUGCAGCACCACUGGAAAACUCCUUGGAACUCACAUGAACCAGAAUACUGAGCUUGAGGUUGUCGGUCUUGCUGCCAGGAUCACCAACAAUGCCCGUUUCAACUCACAGCCAAUGCGCUUUGAUCACACCAUCCACUGCAGCAUUGUUCCUUUUGAUUUCAACCUUGAUGCCAUCUUCAAUGCUGAUGGAGACAUCACCAUGUAUGGAAAGCACAGUGCCCAGCUCUAUGGCAAGUUCCUCCUCAGAGCACAACCCCUGGCUUUUGCUAGCUCACAUGAAUGCAGAGCAUCAGUUACCCAGCAGCUAGAUAAUGGCUUUUCUCUUCAGACUAUUAUUGACAACAACAUGGACACUGCAAUGUCACUCCAAGAGCAGAGGACCAGUUUUACAAUGAAGUCAAAAAUUAAUGAGCAUGCCUUCAAUCAGGACAUGAGUGUUUACAAUACUGCUGAGAGAACUGGGAUUGAGGUUUCUGGCACAAUCCACACAAACAUUCUCAACACAGACACCACAGACAACCAGGAAUUCACCAUCUCUGGCUUCCUCAAGUAUGACAAGAACACAGACAGUCAUAUAAUUCAGAUCCCUCUGAUUGAAAAUCUGCCUGCCUUCUUGGAAAGCAUCAAGGGCUUUGUUGUGCGUGUUGCUGAGGCACUACAAGACUACAUCAACAAUGAAGAGAUAAGGGCUAAACUCGAAGCUCUGCCCCAGCAUGUAAGUGACUUUGUUUCUCAAUUGAAUGUAGAAGACAAGGUAAUUCAACUGAAGCAGCAUUUCAGUGAUUUUACCCAAGAAUAUGCCAUCUCUAUGGAGGAUGUGGAGGCUUCUUUGAGAAACCUGAAGAUCACUGUUGAAAAACUGCUGGCUGAUCUCACUGUUUACAUCCAACGCUUUGCUGGUAUGAUGAAGGAGAUUAUUGUUAGUGGCACACUCCCUGAAACCCUCAUCCAGAAUAUCCAGCAACAGCUGAAUGCCUUUAAUGAGGAAUAUAACAUCAAGGCUAUGGUUGUGUAUGUGAUUGAUACCAUAAGAGACGUGGUCCAGCAGAUUGACUUGGAAAAACUGAAGGGCAGCAGUAUUGCAUUCCUGCAUGAUAUUGAUGCCAAGUAUGAAAUCAUGGCUAAACUCCAAACCCUGAUGAGAGAUAUGAAACAAAUAAUUGAGACCUUUGACAUGCAGGAGUUUGUUGCUCAGCUGAAGAGGUAUAUUUCAUCUGUCAACUUCAAGGCUUAUGUUGAGGAAUUAGUCCGUCGUUUUCCUACAGAGAUUCUCAGUGAAAUAACAGAUUAUAUUAGAGAAAUGAUUCAGGACUUUGACAUCCUAGGUAAGAUCAACAGAUUCUAUGCCAAGAUGAGAGAGUUGAUUGUCAAGUUUGAGGCUGACAAAAAGAUCCAGGCUGUCAUGGAAAAGGCAGUGGAGCUCAUUCAGCAGUUCAGAAUUGAAGAAACCAUCAGGGUUGUAGUCAAGAUGGUGAAUGAUGCAGACAUACCUACCAAAUUCAUGCAGGUCUUCCAGGAUGUUAUCAAAUACUUGAAAUCGACUGAAGUCAAGGAUAUAAUUCAACAGCUGAACAUGUGUAUUGAAACUAUUGUACAACAGCUGAAUUCAUUGAAUUACAACGAUUUUGUGGAUUAUACCAAUCAGAUUAUUGCUGAGUACACAGCUUACCUGAAUGAGCUGAUCCGGACUCUUGAAAUCCCCCAGAAAUUUGAGGCAACAAGAGAUUUUAUCAAUCUUGUCUUAUCCUCUUUAAGAGGCUUCAUGGAACGCCUGAGAGAAAUCAAAAUUUCAGAAAUGAUUAAAUCGAUAAAGAACGUCAUUGACGAGGUCGUGCUGGAAAAUCUUAAGGGGUUUGCUCAAUUUGUUAAACAGGAAAUUACAGAUCUGGAUAUCAAAGCUGAGAUUACCUCUUAUCUGGAAUCUGUGACCAUGUACUAUGGGAGGGUCAUGGCCAUCAUUGCUGAUAUGUUCUCCAGUGUGGUUGAGAUGAUUAAGAAGGUGGCACCUGAGCAAAAAAUCAUCAGUGAGAUUCAGCAGAUAAUUAACGGCCUGAUGACUGAACUGAAGAAAGCUGAGUUGAACGUGCCAUCCUUCACUGUUCCUUUCACUGAUCUUGUUGUGCCUUCCAUGGCAUUCAGCAUGGAUAAGCUUGAACAGUUUGAAAUCCCAACACAACUGGACAUCCCUGAAUUCACCAUCCUUAACUUCUACAGUGUAAAAGCCACCACAAUUUCCUUUGACGACAUCAAGCAGAGAAUUAUUGAGCUUAUUAAUUUCAUUCUAAACUUUGACAUCAAGAUGCCUGAUGUGGAUGCUUUCUUUGGAGACCUGACAAUGAGUUACCUUCCCUCCAUGCCUGAGAUAACCAUCCCAGAAUUCACUCUUCCUGAGAUGUCAUUCCCUACCAUCCCACAAGUUCCUGUAGAAAAGCUUGUUAAGUCUCUUCAGGUUCCUGAGAUCAAGCUGCCAACCAUUCCAAGUGAAAUCAUGGUCCCAAGUUUUGGUAAAAUCUAUGGUGAGAUCAAAGUCCUCACUCCCUUCUACAAUGUAAAGACAUCGGCCGAGUUCCAGAACUCCACUGAGAAUAAAAUGACACCUCAGUUCACUGGAUUCCUUACAUCUCUGGCGACAGCUCCAAGUUUUGGACUUCUUAAUUACAAAUUUGACUCCACUGCCCGCAUUGCAUUCCCAAAAAUGAGUCGUGUUCUUGUAGCCGAGACCCUAAAGUUCAACCAUCCUGCUCUCGCAGUAGAGCAUCAGGCAUCUCUAACUCUCUAUGGCCUGUCAGGCCAGGCUCAAGCCAAGACUGCAGUUAGGGUUUCCACUGCACCUUACAGUGCUGAGUUUAUGAACACAGCCUUUAUUGCUAUGGAAGGAGGUAUGUCUGCCUCUCUCGAAACAGCUUACGCUCAUGAAGUGAACCUCCCAAUUUUCGAUAUUCAAAGUGAGGCCACUUUAACACAGAAAUCAAUUGCUCACCAAGACGGCCUCAGUUUCAGUCUAACAGUUGACAAUUCAGGCAUUGGCAAGGUUAAUGAUGAUGAUAGCAACCACAAGAGCAACUUAUUUUUCUCACUAACUCCUAGUAUGGUUACUCUCACUUUCUCUGGUGACACAGACUCUUCCAUCUUAAAAAUGAAACAACAGAUUUCUGCUGAAUUUGGCACCUUUACCUACUUCAAAUUUAAUGUCCGCAAUGAGGCAGAAGCACCAAUCAUUAAGAACAGUCUUCUUGUGGCAUCUGGACAUGGCAACCUUUAUGAUAUGAAGAUUGAGCUGAAAGCAAACCAUGACACAGAGCUGUAUGGUGUACUCAGUGGAGUCCUGUCAAAUGGAAUCCACAUUGUAGCUCGUCCUGUUGAGUUUGUCUUUGAAUUCCAAAACAAAGGAAAUGCAAAGGUCAACAUUUUUAAUACUCUGACAGCUAAGAUAGAUCUGCAGAAUGAUUACUCAGCCACCAUCAGACCAGACAGCCAACAGAUGAGCACAGCAGCUCUAGCUCGCCUUAAUCAGUACAAAAUGUCCUACAACUUCACUGUUGACAAUAAUGAAAAUGAGGCUGGCAUCUUUGUUGCCCUAGACGGUGAAGCCAACAUUGACUUCCUGACAUCCCCCAUCAGCAUUCCUGAACUUGAUCUGCCAUUUGUUGACUUCCGUACUCCAGCUAUCAGUGACCUGAACUUAUAUGAGCAGACUGGAUUGAAGAACAUUUUGACUACCACUGAACAGACUUUUGAUGUAGAUGCCAAGAUUGUUUAUCAGAAAAGCCAGUCUGCCCCGCUUGUUGAUAUGAUGGGUGUGAUCCAGAUUCCCUCUGUGGGUAACCUGAUCACAGAACUGGCCUUCAAGUCUGCCAUCAUCAAUCUGAAUGUCAAUGCUGGACUGUAUGUGGAGGAUGAUCUUGUGUUCCGUCUGGGAGCUACCACAGCUUCUGUGUUUGAGGGUCUCAAAGCCAAACUUGAUGGCACCACCAGCCUGACCACCAAGAGAGGAAUCAAGUUGGCAAACUCCCUGUCCCUUGAAAAUCGUCACAUUGAAGGCACUCAUGACAGCACCAUCAGUAUGAGUACUGAGACAUUUGAGCCUGCGGUUUCUGUGGCUACUAUUGCAAAGAUUUCUCUGCCUAUACUCAUUCUGGAAGCAAAUCAAAAUCUGGUUGCUGACAUCAAAACCAAAGCAAAUGCUGUCUCCACCUUCAGGAUGAGGGCUGAUUUCAACAUCCCUGUGAUCAAUGCCAUUGGAAAGGCUGAGACUGACCACAGUCUGAAGCUGGAGGGAACCUUUGAGGAUGUUUCCAUUGAGUCAUCCACCAGAGGAAACAUGGAUGGCACUAUGCUUGAGGAUUAUCUAAUUUUGGGAGUCCUUGACAAUGAGGUUAAUCUGUACCUCAAUAAUGAUGGCCUACGUUCCACCUCCAAACUUAUUGCUGAUGCCAAACUCAACUAUGGCACAAACAAAGUGAUUUCCAUGGAUGUAAAUGAGAAUCUUGCUGUUGAAGCCUCCCUCAGUCGUGUGUAUGCAGUGCUGAAAUAUACUGGCAACAAUGAGGCAAACCUGUUCAAUUUCAUCACCAAUGGGAAACACAUUGUCCAGGCAACCAUUGACUUUGCACCAAUGUCCUCCUUGGCUGCAGAUAUUGAAAUUAAUAUCUCUCAGCCAAGCAGCCUGGGUGAAUUCAUUAUCCUUGAGAAAACUCUUGCUGAAGUAACAGCUGCCAAGCAGAAGAUCUCUACCAAUGCCAAGUUUGUGAGCCCACUGUACACCAUAAACCUGGCAACUGAGGUUGAGGGCAACGUUCCAGUCUUCGAAGUCACCUUUAAGUCUUCUGCCACCUCUGUGUUUGUCUUCUUGGAAUAUGACCUGGGUGCAUCCACUGCUGUAAACUUCGAGAAUGAAGCUCUGAACAUGAUUAGCAAGGCUUUCCUGACACAUAGAGACCUGACCAUGGAUGUCAAUCAUGCCAUUUCCCAGGCCUUGAGGAGGAAGCGCCAAACUGAUGACAGCAUCUCUAGCCACACCCUGAAUGUGGACAUCACCAGUCCAACUUUUACUGAUGUGAACCUCCGUUAUGCUGCUAGCAGAGAUGCUUUCAGCGCCUCAGUAUCGACCCCAUCUGCUGGCUUUAUGGGCUUUCAGUUCAACAGCAGAUUUCCAUCUCAGAUGAGUGCAAGAGUCUAUAGUCGUUAUCCUUCUGCUCCAGAGGUUGAUGUUGACAUCUUGGUCAUCAGAUCAUCUACAAAGGAUGCUGAUAAGAUGAAUCUGCAGAUUGCCUACAACAUGGAGGCACCAAAAGUAAUGCUCUCUGAGCUAAAGAUGAGAUUCCCCUCAAUUAUUUCUGCAUUCACAACGUUUGCUUACAAGUACCAGAUCACAAGGAACAUGGAGGAAGUGAAGAAUACUGUUGUUGAUCGCAUCACGGAGGCCUAUAAUGCUGCAAUCAGCUACGAUGAUCAAAUGAGCCAACUGUCGAUCUUCUUCAGGAGCAUCAUUGUAGAGUACCAGAAGACCGUCCAGGUCUUCCUGGAUGCUGUUGUUAAGGUCUUGAGGGAGACCCAGUUCAAAUUGCCUGGGUCUGAUGAGAUGACCACUCUCCCUGUGGUCCUGCAGAGGCUGACCAGGAGCAUUGCAUUUAUGCUAGAUAGAACCCUCCACUUAAUCUAUGAAAACAUGGAGGUCUACUAUAACAUCUUUGUUGACAAGAUCAGUAGCAUGAAAUUACGCAUGCCCGUUGGUGAUGCAAUCACUGGAAGCCAGAUCUUGGAUCAGGUCAAAACAGCCUUCAGGCAAACAUUUGAAGAACUGGUGGACUUUGUGAAAAAUAUGGAGAGUCUUGAUACAAUGCUUGUGAAGAUAGGUGAGACCCUGAAGGCUAUUGUUGAGAAAUCUCAGGAGUUUGCUGACUCUGUCAAGUCUGACUACUUAGAUGCAGUGUUCAUCAACAUUAAUGACCUGUAUCGUGGCUUUAUCACAGUCCUAAAGAAUGUUGUUGACCAGAUUUUUGCCCUGAAUAUGGAGCAGCUCAACAAUGCAUUUGAGUACAUUGUGGACAUGUUCAUGUAUGUAGUGGACCAGUUCAAUAACACAGUUAAGGGUUUCCUACAGCAAGCUUCAGAGGAGUUUCAAACCUACAUGAAAGUUAGUGAAGGAAGGCUUGAGCUUGACCUUCCAUUUCCCUUCCAACAGUGACAGACUGAGGCCUAAGUCCAUAUGAAACACUACCAUCUGUUCAGAACACAUGCUUGGAAGGAGUAUGGACAAUUAGCUCUUAACCAUAUUUAUAACAAUGAGUUUAACAGAAACACCUGUUGUAUCAUGUUUAUUUAGAUGGUUUGUUGUGUACAUUGAAAAUUGAACAUGUGACAUUUUACUGAAACUCCCUGCAAAGAGUGAGGAAUAUCAAUAAACUACAUCAGUGCAGUUG